GGCUCUGCUCGGCGUCUCGUGGACCGGCCUAUGGGCCGGUGGAGUGAACGCCACAUCCUGGGUUUUUUAACUUCCCAGGGGAUGAGUGACGGUGGACAGAGGUCUUUGGCGACGGCGGCGUGAGCUGCCUGACCUAUAGGCGCUGCGCGCGGAGACCGUGGAACCAGCCACACAGCUCUGCUUCCGGCCGGGGACCAGAAGCCGAGGCGCUGCGUCUCCUUUAAUCGUCGUGGGCGGGGCGUGGCAACACGACCCGCGUUGCUAUUGGCGGCGGUUGGGGGCGCGGAAACUGAACCUGCUGCAACGGCCGACGCUGCCUCGUCCGGCGCCUUGGGCACUCCCGGCCCGCCAUGGCUGCGCCUUGCCUGGAGGACCCCUCGCUGGAGAGGCAUUUUAAGGGCCACCGAGAUGCAGUUACCUGUGUGGACUUCAGUCUCAACACGAAGCAGCUCGCCAGUGGCUCCAUGGACUCAUGCCUCAUGAUCUGGCACAUGAAACCCCAGUCACGCGCCUACCGCUUUGCGGGCCACAAGGACGCCGUCACCUCUGUGAACUUCUCCCCUUCGGGACACCUUCUUGCCUCAGGCUCCCGAGACAAAACUGUCCGGAUUUGGAUACCCAACGUCAAAGGCGAGUCCACUGUGUUUCGGGCACACACGGCCACAGUGAGGAGCGUCCACUUCUGCAGUGAUGGCCAGUCUUUCGUGACAGCCUCCGACGACAAGACAGUUAAGGUGUGGUCGACUCAUCGCCAGAAAUUCCUGUUCUCCCUCAGCCAGCACAUCAACUGGGUCCGCUGUGCCAGGUUCUCUCCCGACGGGCGGCUCAUUGUGUCUGCCAGUGACGACAAGACAGUCAAACUGUGGGAUAAGACUACCCGGGAGUGUGUCCACUCUUACUGUGAGCAUGGCGGCUUUGUCACCUACGUGGACUUCCACCCCAGCGGCACGUGCAUUGCUGCCGCCGGUAUGGACAACACAGUGAAGGUGUGGGACGUGCGGACGCACCGGCUCUUGCAGCACUAUCAGCUGCACAGUGCAGCGGUGAAUGCACUCUCCUUCCACCCAUCUGGAAACUACCUGCUCACAGCCUCCAGCGACUCGACCCUGAAGAUCCUGGACCUCAUGGAGGGCCGACUGCUCUAUACUCUUCAUGGGCAUCAGGGUCCAGCCACUGCUGUUGCUUUUUCAAGAACGGGAGAGUAUUUUGCUUCUGGAGGUUCUGAUGAACAAGUGAUGGUUUGGAAGAGUAACUUUGAUGUUGCGGAUUAUGGAGAAGUCAUAAAAGUGCACCGGCCCCCAGCCACCCUGGCCACCUCCUCCGGGAAUCUGCCAGAAGUGGAUUACCCUGUCCCUGCAGGCAGAGGCAGGAGUCAGGAGUCAGUGCAGAGCCAGCCCCAGGAGCCCAUCAGCAUGCCCCAGACGCUGACCAGCACGCUGGAGCACAUCGUGGGCCAGCUGGACGUCCUCACCCAGACAGUCUCCAUCCUGGAGCAGCGGUUGACACUGACGGAGGACAAGUUGAAGCAGUGUCUGGAGAACCAGCAGCUAAUCAUGCAGAGAACAACACCGUGAUCAGGGGAGCAAGAAUCAAGAGCUCAGUCGAUUUUGGGGGACGGCAGGCUGGGGAUUGGUACUGUGGGACUUGGGUAAAUAAAUGAAGGGGAUUCCGCUCUAUGGGCACCACAUCCAUCCCUGAGCUCCAGAGAUGAUGCCCCUGUCUCUGCCCUCCACCUGCACUCUGCACCUGGAGGCGCUCCACCUGGCAGUGGAAGCCCCGUGGGCAGGGCCCACACGUGCAGAAUGGACUGUGUUUGGUUUAAUGUGAAGGAGUCACUUGGAAAUAUUCGCUACCUCAGAGUCCUAGUGAGCCCUAAGAUCGCAACUUCCCCCGCCUCCGGAAGAGCCCAUUCCUGGGCUUCGUCUGCCUUUCUGGCAUAUGACUGGCUCUUCCCACCCACAGCGAUGGACUACACAUUGGGUGGGUGAGCCAGGAGUUUUCUCGAAAUCUGACAAAAGGCCCAGUGAGGGCCCAUCGGAGGUUUGCCUGGGAACAAGCUCUCGGAGGGAGGUGGUAGCUUUGCAGUGGCCUUGAUUUCUGCCUCACGCAUGCUCACUGGGGCCUGGUGGCUUCCUCCUCUGUAUACAUGAGGGUGAAGGAAAUCUGAAAUUAAAUUGGCCUUUAUUGAGCUUCUCAUA